AUGAUCGCCGAAAAACGUAAAAUAAAUAUUUCUGUUGCAUCAUCUUGGGUCAGAACUAAGAUUUGUUUUGCUUUAAUUCAUGCUUGUUUGCUUUGUUUGAGAGGUUCGAGAGGGAUUUAUAAAAGAAUCGAAAUGGGGGAUGAUAUUGUUUUGAGUGAGUUGUCAAGUUGUAUCAAUAUUGUGAAAUUCCUUGUAACAAACCAUGCGGACGAUAUUUGGGAAGAAGGACUAAAAAAAAGUAAGCAAGAAGUGAAAUGUAUUAUACACAACAACAAUUACAAGAAAGAAACAAAGUUAAGAGCAUUCACAGAAAAAUCAGCCGAAAAAGUGAAAAUAGCAAGUGAAAUUCGAAAUGAUGAAAAUGUCACUGAUUUAGUGAGCGGCGAUCUUUCCGAUUUGAAAUUUCAUCAGAAAUGUUUAGAUGCGUAUGUCCACCCAAAAACAUUAGCUACCAUACAAAAGAAAAAAGAAAAAGCUGAAGCAAGCGACGAUGAAACGGGAGAUGUUAACGACAUAGAAGAACAACAACCAACUUCAACUAUCCGAAUGUCACAGAGAAAGAGAGGCAGAACAGGUCAAUCACUUGCCAAGCAAGAUGAGUGCUGUAUCUGCCAAAAAAGAAAAACGAGUACAACAGGUAGUGGCUACGAAAAACUCAGCAAGUGUAUAACGGAAAGUUCUGCUCUCACGCUACAGACUGCAGCCCUACAAAAUGGGGCAAAUGAUGAGUUGAUAGGAUAUAUUUCUGGUCGCGAUUGGACGGGAAUAGUUGCACUUGAAUUGCGAUAUCAUGUAACAUGCUAUCGAGCUUUCACCAAGCCCGUUAAAACACCUUCUGCAAUCACUCAAGUAGACAAAGAGGCAUUGCAGCAUACUUUCGACUUUGUUGAGCUACAUGCUCUAAAUAAAUGCGAAGUGCUAUUGACAUUUAUAACAAGCAUUCCGUAA